AUGGACGAGUGGCUUUCAUCGAACCAUAGCACGCCGUCGAACGCGGCCACACCAGGCCAGGUGGCUAUGAAAAAGCUCCCUACGUAUGAAAACGAACAGUUUAUCAUCAACGAAAACGAUAAUGACGCUCAUCUUUACGAUAAAGGUGGCGUGGCGCCGUUUGAUUUAGAUCUGAUUGACUUUAUCAUGCCUGACGACUUGGGAAGCUCAUCUAGAGCUUUCCCUCCACUGGCGUACCCAGAUAACACUCCAGCACUUCUUCCAAACGGCCAGAAUCAGUACCAGAACCAAGCAUUAAAUUUCCAGCUGCCGUUGUUGCCUGGCCAGAAUGAAAAGUCUUAUAAUGAGGAACAUUUCUACCAUAGGCAAAGACAACAAAGUAACUUUCUGAGUUCCCGUCAAUCGUUUUCCCAAAAUUCUUCAGGCGUCAGACCUGAUGCCGUUUUCACGCCGCUUGUAUCGCCAGCAGUAACGCCGAUGGAGCUGCAAGUCAACAGCAACAAAAACCAGAGCGCUCCAAUGCAAGCGACAUUCGAACCACUCACGUCGCCAGCGCUUAAUGCUCAACAAAGACACGAAAGGUCGUCAGACAGACGUAGACCGCUGCUGGCGACUUUUGGCGCUGAUGACUACAGCGGAAGCAGCUCUACAAAAAGAAGAACGCCCCAUUCCACGCCUAAUCUCAGUGCACAUCCACAUCAGAAGACGAAACGGUCGCCUUCUUUACGCAAAACGCCUCAGGCGCCAGCUGUGUUUGAACAGCUUCCGGACAGUUCGUAUGAUGCCAGUAUGGAUGGGCCUUCUUCGUCACAUUCAGCCAAAUCGACCGAAGCAACGCCAAUGUUACCUCCCCACGGUAAAAGAGCAGCUUUAGAUGGUUCCCUGAGCGGCGCCAACACUCCAGGUUACUCUGGAAAGACCCCCUCUCAAAGUGGAGUAGGCCCUGCCACGCUUAUGGGCUUCACCAUGAACCGUCUUGCCGAGCUGCAAAGCAACACCAACAACCUGUCGCCGUCGUUAGAGCCUAGAAACGGCCAUCGCGAAGACUCGAUAUCUUCCAACCGCUCCUCUAUAAGCGGCCACCGUGUGCUGGUAAAGAACGAAACUUCACUGCUGGAGCCUUCGCCAGCCAUAGAUCCUCAGACUGGCGAGGAAAGCGGCCGCAAAAGAGAAAAAGGUCCUGGAAAGAAGGCCUCGCAUAAAAUCGCCGAGCAAGGCCGCCGAAACCGUAUGAACCAGGCGGUGCACGAUCUCGCCAACUUGAUUCCACAGGACUACCACGAGCAGGUUUCUAUUCCGUCAAAAGCAACCACAAUAGAGUUGGCCUCAAAGUAUAUAACCGAGCUUUUGGCGGAGCUCGAAGAGGUGAAAGCCAAGGUGCCGCAGGACGAGCUACCAACUAAGGACGACCUGAAGAGCAAACGGGCCCGUUAG